AUGGAGGCAGGGAAAAAGGCUACCAAAGGAGGACGAUCUAAAGCAUACAAGCAUGAAGAUUCAUUCUACGACACGGGAACUGACGAAACAAGUCCCAGCGAUGGAAAAAGCGAUUAUUCGCCUAAUUCAGUGAAUCAAGUAUCUGAACAAGCUGAAGAUUUUAGCUUCCCUUUUGAAGGCGAUUCCGUUCCUCCUCCUGCCCAAUGGAAUUCAAUAGACAACUACCUUGACCCCAAGUAUAUGUCGAAUCUCAAUGCCAGGCCUCAGUCAAAUGUUCGCCAAUUUAACACGGAAUCAGAGAUUCUGGCCCUAGAGGACUUUGUUGAAAAAAUGGAAUAA